AUGCGUUUGGCAAAUGGUUCUGGAGCACUGUUUUGGAAGGAAGUGUGGAUCGAGGAUGCUGCUGUUAUAGAGAGAUUUCCUAGGCUGUUCUUACUUGAAAUUAAGAAAGAUUGUCAGAAAGUCUCAACCAAGAAUUAUUUCUUCAAAACUGUCAUAAGUCUCUGUCUUUUUAACUUCACACUUUCACUUCAAUUAUCACAUAUCCUUUUUCUUCUUCUUCAAAGAAAACCAUCGACGGAGAAAAACGAUGGAUGUCCAUAUGGAAAUCCAACAAGAUUUCCCUUUUCCAUUUUCUUUAAAGAUGCGAGGUCAGCAUUAAAAAUGGACGAACUUGGCGUCGAAAUAGCUAAAAUUGCCUUACCAGCUGCACUUGCUUUGACAGCCGAUCCUAUUGCCUCUCUUGUGGACACAGCCUUCAUUGGUCAAAUUGGUGCAACUGAACUAGCUGCUGUGGGAGUUUCGAUAGCUGUUUUCAACCAAGUAUCAAGAAUCGCAAUUUUUCCUCUAGUAAGCAUUACAACAUCUUUUGUGGCUGAGGAAGACGCAAUCAUGAACUCAAGUCAUCAAAUGCAAGGGCCCACUACAAAUAGCGAAAACAAAAAGUUGCUCGAACUACAAAACAUAAAGCUUGAGUCGCUCGAUGAGGAGUCAAUAAUUACAAGCUACGAGAAAAAACGGAUCCCGUCAGCUUCAUCUGCUAUAAUCAUCGGGGUUGUUUUAGGGUUUUUGCAAACUGUGUUUCUAAUAACUGCAUCGAAGCCCAUUUUGGGCAUAAUGGGGAUCAAAUCGGACUCUCCUAUGUUGUACCCCGCACAACAAUACUUAAAGUUAAGGUCGCUUGGUGCUCCUGCGGUUCUACUUUCGUUAGCGAUGCAAGGAGUCUUUCGUGGAUUCAAAGACACAAAAACUCCUUUGUAUGCAACCGUGGCCGGAGAUGUGACAAAUAUUAUUCUAGACCCAAUAUUUAUUUUUGUUUUUGGUCUUGGCGUUAGCGGUGCGGCCAUUGCUCAUGUUAUAUCUCAGUACCUAAUUUCAAUAAUACUCUUUUGGAGAUUAAUAGAAAAGAUUGAUAUCGUACCACCUAAUUCUAAGCAUCUACAGUUUGGUCGAUUUCUCAAAAACGGUUUUUUGUUGCUAAUGAGAGUGACGGCUGUAACAUUCUGUGUAACAUUAGCUGCAUCAAUGGCUGCAAGACAAGGGUCAACAACAAUGGCUGCCUUUCAAGUUUGUUUGCAAGUUUGGCUUGCAACUUCACUUUUAGCCGAUGGUUUGGCUGUUGCAGGACAGGCUAUAAUUGCAAGUGCAUUUGCAAAAAUGGACUACGAAAAGGUUACUGCAACCGCUUCAAGAGUAUUGCAGUUAGGUGUAGUUCUCGGGGUUGGGUUGGCUAUUCUCUUAGGGUUUGGAUUACACUUUGGAGCAAGAUUGUUUACAAAAGAAGCCGGUGUCCUACAUCUCAUUAGCAUCGGAAUCCCGUUUGUUGCAGGAACUCAACCAAUCAACGCAUUGGCCUUUGUUUUCGACGGUGUCAACUUUGGAGCAUCUGAUUUUGCAUAUGCAGCAUAUUCUAUGGUUCUCGUUGCUAUAAUUAGCAUUAUAUCAUUAUUUGUCGCCUCAAGCCAUGGGUUCAUCGGUCUAUGGGUUGCUCUGACUUUAUAUAUGAGUAUGAGAGCAUUCGCGGGAUUUUGGAGGAUAGGGACAGGAACCGGGCCCUGGUGCUUUCUAAAGGGAAUUACCUAGAUUUAGUUCAUUCGGUCAAAAAUAAAAGAAACAUAUCUUUGUUUAUUAAGC